GAUUGGAGUUACCAUGGUAAUCAAUAAUUGGUGAGCUCUUGUUAGAAAACAAGAUGUCCUUACCUUCUGGGCUGGUCGAUGGACCCCCUGUCAAAUCAAAGACACUCAUUGCAGCAUUUGAGAAGGAACUGGCCUACCUCCACUCUAAUGUCAAGAAAAACAAGCAUGAGGACCAUUUUGUGCAAAAAGGCUCUAACUCGCUCUUCAACCUAUGGAAUGAGUACGAGGCUAAACUACCGUCUCCUUAUUUUACAAAACAGCAAUUGGCGUUGGGGGAUGUGCUGUACGAAAGGGGACUUUACUCACUUGCACGCACACACUGCUAUGGACGCUAUCUCCAGACACACUAUGACAGCUCAGUACCUCUGUCCGACACUGUGGCUGCCUUGAGUGAUCAUCAGGACAUUGUAGCACUGCUGAGAGCACUCAUUGGAGAAGCCAUGUGUCAGUACCACACUGUGCUGCGAGCAGACAAUAGAAUGAGGUAUGUGAGCAGUAGGAGGACUGCUAGGAAGGUUCUUGAGUGUCUGCAGAGUGUGUGUCAGGCAGCAUUGAGUCGAGAGCCCCUCUACUGGAUAGUCCACAAUACUCUCCUGCUGACCUACUCCAUCUGUCGUCAUCUCAUAGCCUACUCUACUCUAGUACUUGAACACCUUAUUUGGGCGGCCAUAGCCAUGGAGUCCUCUGUCCCCCUAAUGGCUAGCAAAUACCUCAACAUGAGGGUCAACUUCUACACUGCCGCCUGCUCCUGCUACUACAGUCUCAAGCAACCAGAUGAAGCCGAACUGUUUGCUAGACGAGGAUUAGACAAAGUACAUGAACUUGCUCAAUUGGAGGGUACCAGGACAACUCAAGAGCUAGCCUACCAUGAGGCCUCACUUAAACUAGGAGUCAUCAUCUUUAAACGAACAGUGUUUGUCUCUCGUAAGAAGUUACGUUCAGGAUUUCGUCCCAAGGUUCGUCCAUCACUUCACGAGCUCCUCCAAGCCUCACCACCGCGCUCACCUACUGAAAAACUAGCUGGAGAGAUGUUUAGUGGGUCUGCUGCUAUCUUCAUGGCUGUACUGGAAACUCUCUCUGACAGCUCACGGCGACCAUUGACCAAAGGUCCCCCUACAGCGCCUGAAGGAACUGAACUAGACCAGGAGACCAUCACUGACAUUUAUCAGGAGCUGUUCUGUAUGGCUCUGGGCAUUUCCCUGAGAGCCCUGGAUCGGCCUAUUGAGAGUGGCUCCCUGCUCACUAAUGCUGUGAGGCAUGAACACAGGGUUCCCUUGGAGGCCUUGGUGGCAUUCGUUAGGGUGUCCUUCUCUGCUGAUCAGAGAGAGGUGGUUGACUUGUUGGCAGGCAGACUCAUCCAGGAAACACAGGUGUUUGAUAUUCCUGCUGUGAAGGCUCUGGGUAAGAGUCUUGAGUUGUUGCUGAUGGUUGACUCUCUGAUGCGUUUGUACAAGCGAUACAAAAGUUCCCAGCCGUGUACUGCUCCCCUCAGUACACCAGCCACACUCCCAACAUCACUCACUGAGCUACGAGAGGACUGCACCACUAUCGAGGACUUGUUCUCUAAACUACAGGACACACUCUCGCUACUACACCUCAGCGUGGGAGACGGGUUGCUACUGGCAACAGACUUUGACCUCUUGUUGGACGCUGGAGUGCUGAUAUGGGAGGUGGUUUGUCCUGCAUUCUCAUUGAUCAGUUCUCAUGAGGUCAGUGCCUGCAAACAGUUCCUCUCACACUCGGCUGGGAGUCAGUAUGUGGUGUUCCUGGCUCAGCUGGUGGAUGUAUUCCACGCCCUGGAGCUGUGGAGGGUCGACCCAGUCCUGCAAGGAGAGCUCUGUCUUAAACUGGCCAGUCUGUAUGAAGCCAAAGCUACCUUGAAGAUCCCGUUUCGACAGUUGAAAGGUUUUGUGCUGCUGUACGAUAGGAAGUUGCUUUUGGAGUGCCUAGCUCAGUUGGAGAGAGAUGUUAAUUGUGUGGAGGUAGCCAGAGAGUGUGUGGAAGAGGGAGGCAACUUGGGGACAUUGCACACCCAAUUCCUGAUGGCCAUAACAAGAGUCAAAGUCAAGCUGGCAUCGACCAUACCACCACCUUGUCCCAGAGAGGCCACUCAGAAGCCCUCCUCUCUCAAGUCCAAAGUGGCUGAACGCAAUGAGCGGUCAUUGCAAAGAGUUAGGAUGCUAUCAACGCUGACUGCUCCAACUGUGCCUGUCCCCAGUAUAGCUGAUCUGAGGGCUAAGUGUGAGGCCAGCAGCUACAAGAGAGCAGUGCUGUGUAUGAUGCAAGCUUCAUUGGACCCUCAGCUUGACCACAAAGCCAAAACCGUGCUGUUAGAGGAGGCUCAUAGCUGUCUCAGUAAGGACACUCCCCCCUCCACGCACCCUUCACCACCACACACACUCCCCCCUCCCCUCCUCCUGCACACCACUCACACCUCAAUGUCCUUUAAACCCACCCCGUUUGCUGAUAAAGGCCUACAGAGUCAGGUGUGCUACUAUCGACUGUAUGGGCGUCCUGCCGCUGGUAGCAACGUACGUGUGAGACUGUCAGAUCACAACCUAUCUGGUCUUGGAUUAGAGGUGUCCUUAGGAGAGUGUCUGUGUGUGCGAGAGCUGGAGGUAAAUGUGGAGUAUGUAUUUGCAGUGGCAGCCUAUUCUGCCAAUGGAGAGCUGAUAGGAGGGAGUAUUGGAGCUACUGGGACCCCUAUUCUAGCAUCAUAUACCUACCCCCCUCUGGCUGCAUGGGGGGAGCUAUGUAAGGCUGCCUACGUGUGUGGUGCCCAGUCCGUGGCUGUGAGAGCUGCCGAUCGACUAUGGAGAGAGUUGACACCCUCGGGAGUCCAGUCCUCCCAUCACCCCUCCACACUCAGACUACUCGUACAGAGUAUACUCAUACACACACAACUGGCCCUCUCACAGGGAGAACUUUAUCCCGACAGACUGAGGACCACUGGGCCAUUACGAGACAAACAACUCUCCAGGCUCAAGCUAGCUGAACGACUCAUGACUGCACUGGACGUGUCUGCCAUGUUGAAUGAUGGUCCCCUGUGUCUACAGGUGGCCGUGAUGGUGUACGGUGUCCUGGCUCCUCUGGUGCAACACAGUAUUCAGUCAAGGGUGUUGGUUGGCCUCCUGUUACGCUGCUACGCUGUGAUUGGUGAGGUUCCUGAAGCGCUGCAUAAGAGAUCCACUUCCGUGCAUCACAUGAUAGCUGGAAUUGGAUACUAUCUCAGCAAUGUUGCUAAAGAAGACGGCGAGAAAGGACUGUUUUCAUUAAUUACUGACAAUGUGAGGAGUUUACUCAUUGCCAGUAUGCCGACUGCUACCAAACACUCUGAUCCGGCCCCCCCUGAAGGCCUGCAACAAGCCUCUCUGCUAUCAGGCUCAGUCCAACAGUCUAGUGAGGCCGCUACCAUCAGCUCUGGACUACCCUCUCUGUUACCACAACCCAGCAACAAAAGGAAGAAGACUCGAAGCAAAAAACUGACUGCUGGCAUUGAUGAAAUAUCUGAUGAGUCAAAGAGUGCUGAGUAUAAAGCGUUUGAAGGCUUCCUGCUCUCUCAUGUACCACUAAGUGAAGAUCUUGAUUUGACUGGCCAAGAAGAUCCUGUUAUAUUACACGCUGUCAUCGCCACACAUACCUCUAGCACUGCCUACAGGGAGGUUCACAGGUUUCGAAGAAGGCCGCAGUAUCUGGAGUACUUUGUUCACCUCGCUACAGCCACUCUUAGCAAGGGACACACGGAGAAGGUUUUAGAAUGGUGUAAGGAGACAUUUACAUGGCUCUCUCGCAGAAAUGACCUGCUGUUAUCUACCAAGUCCAUUGUUUCAAAGAAGCAAGAAUCCCGCAAACUGAACAAGAAAAUGCCUCGAACAAUGUCAACAAUAGGAUCAUCUCUUAAUGUCUCGAAUGGCCGGAAUACUUUAGCGUCUUCCCUUAAUCGGCCAACGACAGCCAAGAAACUCACUAUGAUGAAGCAGCUCUCGACCAUAAGCUCCACUCUUAAUCUCAAGACAAUUGUUAAAUACGAAGAAAAAUUGGGCUGUGGUGGUCUCCCAAUAAGUGCUGGCAAACGAACCAAAGGUGGGAACAAGGCACAGGGGAAAAUGCAACGCUUCCAGGCAACUAAAGUCCUGGACAUGGAGGCCAAGAUCACCAGAGACGACCUUAAUGCCAAGGCAUUCACUGUUAUCACAUCGCUGCUGCCCUUUGUCUGGAAGACACACAGAGCAAGAAAACGUCUUCGGUCAGUGUGUGAGUUGGAGAGGCCAUGGAGGACUCAAGCAAACAUUAUCCAGGCCACUUGUCGUCUUGAGAGUCUAGAGAAGAGACUGGCAGUAUUGAGUGUUCCUGGGGGGCAGCCAGUUGGACCCACCUUCGACAGUGCAGGGGUGAUUGUUGAAGGAGUGGUUCCAGUCUAUAGAAAGGCCCUAGCAGGAACCAACGGUGAAGUCACUGAGAGAGGGAAUAUUUUGCCAUCGCUGAUGCCCAUACUGGCCGAGUUAGGGUCCCUCAUGCUCUACUAUAGGAGGGCAGUCACACUGGCCCAUCGUGGAGCCCACUGGAUACUACUCAUGAACUGUGUCCACUCUCUCCUCAAUGCUAUCACCUGCCUCCUAAGAGCUGUGGGUUGUACUUCGACUGACGGGCUCCUAGCUGCUGUGUAUGGAGAAGCUCUGAGACCACUCUACUGCUCUGUUAUUGGACUACUCGACCUGCUACUCAACUCUGGAGUUGGGUGUCGUCUACCUGAGGCCACGCCCCUCAAGACAUCACGGGAAGGCUGUGAGGAGGUGUGUCUGGUGAGGCGAGCUGUAUUCCUGACAGCACAUGUACUGUAUGUUCACGAGCAUUGGGAGAAAGUAGUGAGCAUCAUUAUCAAGUUCAAUGACAUUACAAAUUAUUCAUGGGGGGAGCAGUUGUCUCCAGUGCUCUCUGCUGCUCAGGCAAAGCUCUCACAGCGACUCGCCGCACACAAAGAGAGCUUGAAGAGAACACGAAUACACCCAGCAGCUCAUCUGGACCCUGGACCCAAUGGCUACAACCUCUACGGUGGAGUAGGCCACUCUCUGGGCCUCAGCUUAGUACCGACUGCUGAUAGCAAUGAUUGUAGACAGGUGCAGAGUGGCGAUGGUGGGAAGUUAAGGAAGGCGCGAUCGUUGCGUUCUCAGUACAUGGCCCAGAUUGUGUGUAUUGGUGAUGUUGUUGAAGCCUAUAGCAAUGCUCUGGACGAGGUGACUGACUCUGACCUGCUGACACAAGCUAUGAAUGAACUGGGAGACCUUCUGCUGUUCACUGAUGCAAGUUCUCAGUGGUGGAGAGAGAGUCUUCGUCUGCUACUGUGCGUCCGAGACCCUCUCACUAACUGGAGGGAUUGUCUGAAUACUGUACUCAACUCAGCGGGGAUAUGGGGCUGUCUACUGGCUGGGCAGAUUGCGUACAAGCUGGCAAGAUACGUGCAUGAUCAGGAGCUUGAUGUUCGACUAGAGUACACUCUACUGGCUGCAUCACUGUUCAAGACGGCACUCUCCUAUUCCCUACCAACUCCGACCUCUGACCUCUCCUUCAUCAGCUACCAGUGUGAGGUGUUUCCUGGUGUGGAGGUAUUCAAUGAUGAGCAAAGGAUCUCUGGCCCCUCACUCCUGGCUGCUCUCAGCUGGACAGCUCAGGAACUCAAUAGCCGGCAGCACACACUCAGUGCGCUCCCAGUGCUGUGGUUGUAUGACCAUGUGGCUGUAAGUGUGUGCAGGGACAAUAGACACACUGUACUGGCCAAGCUACUGCGACUGCAAGCUCUCACACAACUACACAAGUUCUCUGAGGCUUUGAUGACUCUCUCUGAGCUCCUUGCUGGCUCUGGCCUGCCCCAAACCAUUGGCGGGGCAGACAAACAAUCUGACAUCCAUUGGGUGUUUCAUGGGUUCUCGACUAGCUUUCAUUUGACUGAUACCAAGAACCGCAAGUGUCUCCAGAGCUUAGUGGACAGAGAUCUGAGUCCACAACUAGUUGAUUUGUACGGUCCAGUCAAUGUUCAACUACUCUCUCUACUGCGUGCUCAACUAUACACUACAUUGGCCCAAUGUCUGUCUCCACUGCACCACACGCCAGUCGUCAGGCGUACUGGAGAAGAUCAGCAUACAGACACAAUGCGAUCUUCAACCUCUCUCACUAAAGGUGCCCACUCUGGGAGUACGCUGAGUCUGGGCAGUACACCAAGUAUGCCCCACUCCUCAACUCCCAAACACCACCAUUUCAGUGACAUCAAGCACACUUUGUUGAACUGUGCUGAGCAGUUUCUAACUCCUCUAUCAGAGGAACCUCGUUAUCUACUGGAGCUAUCUCGAGUGGCCGAUAUCUAUAAUCAGAGGAGCACUGCCAUCGGUCUUAGUCUAGUGGCUGUUAGGAGACUACAAUGUAAAGAAGAGGCGUCUGACCCACGUCUGUGGCUGGAUGCUCUAUCUAUCCUAGCCCACAGUCUCAUUGGUCACCACAGCAGCAGUGGCCUGUCUUGUGAGGAGGUGUGCGGUACUGGAGGGGAGCAGGCCGAGGCUCUGGGGGACUAUGAACUGGCAGCAAGGUUCAGCCACACAGCAGCUCUGCAUGGUCUCAGUAUGAUGCCUCAGGAUCUGUCAGUCAUCACCAAGCAUUGUCAGAGAGCUCUUGUGCUGUUGGAACAUCCCUCUGAACUGUCCUCCCCCUCCUCUCUGUUACGUUGUGAGGUAACACUUCUCCUAGCCGACGUCAGCUGUGUGCCUGGUGUGAGUCAUGUGCCUGGUGUGCCUGGUGUGAGUGGCGUGGAUAUAGUGGAGGUCUUUCGAGGAUUGGUAGGAAUGCUUAAGCAACAGCUGGUAACCAUGGACACGGAGCCUGAUCACCCAAACCUCUUCCUGCCUCACAGAGCCUUACUAGCGGCAACUAACCUUCGACUAUCACACUGUCUGGUUCACUCUGCUGACUCAGCACUUGUGGCGUGUGAGGAAGGGCUGAUGAUGCUCAAGCAGUCGUCUCUCAGUGACCCUUGUCUAUUGGCAGAGCUACUCGUGCAAAAAGGUUGGUUGCUGAGUCUGUCCAAUGAGUCUGCCGGGAUCAACACUCUCACAGAGGCUGUGUGUGUCAUUGCAGAGGCUGGCAUUGACUCCAAACUUGCUGUGUCGACAUUGUACAAGUUGUGUGAGCUGACAUCCAGCAAGACAACUGUUUCUCCGUCCUCCAGUCCCCUACCACCUGUCAAGAAACGCAGUGACACUAAGGCCAGUCGCAAGUCUCGAGAAGGAACUAGUCGGAGUACUGGAAAACAAUUACCCAACUCAUGGCUGUUCUUGAAACUGGGAUCAAAGACUGAUCAAUAUCUGGAGGUCCUCGAUGCGUAUAUGUCUCAAGUGUCAAAUGAAGAGGCCACUAAACCACUGUCACCAAAGAUGCUAGCUGAUCUGCCUGACUUCCUGCUAUUGGAUCUCUGUGUUACUGAGGAGUUGACAACGCAGCUAGCAUACAGCAUGAAGCUCCCUCCUAUCGAGAGCCUGCUACCAUCCUCUCAAGUCGUGCUAACUACUGGACUUAAUUUGCUUAAAAUAGCUGGCUACCUACGGAAGCUACUCAAUCAGUGUUUCUGGCAAAAGACGUCUCUUGGUCUGUCCUCGUCCAACUGGUGUGUGCACUCUCACUCCCUCACGCGACACCUCUACCCACGAGCCAAAGCCCUCGUUGAUUUCCUCACCACCCACUCGCACCAAUUGAAGGCUCUGAAGAUCCCAACCAUCUCUGUAUCCAAAGCCACCCCUGAACCACUCGUGACGGCUGUAGAUUGUGAACUGACUGUUGUGUGGACCACCCCCUUUCCUCAGGACACAUCCAGCGAUGCUGUAGUCGGCUAUUUUGCUUUUAACGCCAAAUCGAUACGUACCAGCAGUCACGCUCAUUCACAGGGAGUCGAGUGUCAUGUGAUCAAAACCUCUCUGUCUGCACUGGAGGAAGCGGCCUUGUUGUGGGCAGAGCUUGGGGCGCUGACAACUGGGUACUUUGACAACAGGACAAGGCCCAUCUCUCGGUCACCAUCCAAACAGAAGAAGAGUGAACGAGGUGUUAAGAUGCCACCAGAGGUUAGGGAGACCUCUUCUCACGCUGUGGAGGCUCUCAAGACCAUUCUACAGGUGUCCUCUGAGACGUGUCCACCAUUGGAGUUGCCGAUUGUGUCCAAGGUGCCCUCACUGCUAAAGCCCUAUACACAGAGCACUGUGAGAGGAGAACUAUAUCACUUCUUCAAGGCCCUGUUUGACUCUAACACUAUCUAGCUAUCCCCGUGAAUACCAUUGGUUGUGUCUGCGUGUACUCAUCGCAAUUGCUCAACGAGAAUUUUGAAAUUA